AUGCUCUAUCCAUAUACAGAUGAUUUCGUCGACUGUACUACUGUGUCUCAAAAAGCGAAAAAAGAAUUUGCAGAAGUAUUCCAUGAACGAUUACUCAUCGGCGAAUCGAACUAUGAUCCGAAGUCGCAUUUUAAUGGACAACAAUCGAAUGUAGCAGAAUUGCGACUGCCAUCAUCGUUACAGUCUUAUGCAGAUAAAAUUGGAAAGGUAUUUGAUAUGGUGAAAUUUAUCGAAAAUGAUUGGACACGUCAUGGUGAGCAUAAAUGUGUAUACAUGAGCUUGGCCGCUAUUCAUGAUUCACAAAUAAAAUCAACGUUACAACAUGCGCGCCCUGACGAUGGAUAUGCACCGACGAUACCUCAAAUAGAACAAGUUAGCGCAGAGAAAGGUGGUGCGUCUUUGAUUGCGGCCGGAUUUUUGAUGGAAGGUCGAUUAACACGAGCCAAAAUGGCAUAUCUGGAAUAUUUGGGCUUUGGUAUGCAAUUAGUGGACGAUCUACAGGACGUCGAGCUAGACAUGAAAAACAAUCAUCGAACAAUUUUUACUCAAUCAAUUGCCGAAGGACAAACGUUAGACGCACCCACAGCUCGUCUCAUUCAAUACUGUUGCCGUGCAUCUGCCUAUGAAAAACAUGUGAUCAUUUGCGAAAAAAAUGCAUUACAUACUGCUCAAUAUGCUGAAUUUAGUAUUUCAAGUUGUAAUUUUGGAACAAAUGAAGCAAUUCAUACUGGUAAACAUCUUGUGCCUUUCCUCAGUACUUAUAUGCCUAAUUUACAAAUAUUACGUCUUUGGAGACCAGAUGAUUUUCCUUGGACAUCGAUUCGACCGAACUUCAAAUAUGGAUACUAUUAUGGAGUUUCAAGAGGACAAUGGCAACGAACUCUGCAUACGCCUCAAUCUAUCAAUGAACAUGUAGUUGUCUUUGAACAAGAUCUUUCUCAAUUAUUUGAGCAAUUAAAACAACUUGCCUAUCUUGAUAUUCAUGGCGAUACGUCGUCUGAAAAAAUCGAACCUUAUCGUUUAAUGGUUCAAACUCGUUUUCCAAAUAGUCGAAUUGAUAUUCAGAUAUCAAGAUUUCGUCUUUGGAUGUAA